AUCUCCGCCCACUUCGCCGCGUGCCCUACCCACAGGCCCCGCCCUGGCUCCGCCCACUCCCCCAACGGUCAACCGUGCCUGGCGGGCGGCGGGCCAGCGCUUGGCCUCCGCGGUGGGUGCGGGCAGCCCGAGGAGGCUGCGGGAGACCCCGGGCCCAGCGUUGGGUCUGCAGGCAGGGAGGGGGAAGAAAGGCCCAGUCAAGCUUUCGGGAAGGCGCGGCCCCGCCCCGGGCGGUUCCAAGGGAGUGGCCGGCCGCCGCCUCCCCGGAGCGCCUGUGGCAGGUGCGCGGCCCGGUGGGACCCGGCCGGAGCGGAAGCGGGGUGCCGCCCUGCCUGCUGCCCGGCUGUGGCCAUGGAAGAGGCCCCGCUGCUGGGCGCGAUGCCCAGCCCAGAAGAUGAGAUGGUGACCGACCUCUUCAGCCCCGAGGGUCAGUUUGUGCCCCCCGCGCCCGUGAAGCACGAGGAGGACGAGUUCCACGUGUUCAGAGACGCCUACCUGAGCGCCACCGAGCCCCAGGGGCCGCCGCUGCGCGCGCUCAGCCCCACGCUGGGCGCCGACUGUCCGGCCAAGGCCCAGGUGGAGCUCCUGGUGCAGGACGAAGACGAGGAGCAGCUCCUGGGCGAGCGGCCGGGCCUUCCCGACCUCCACGCCCUGGAAGACGCGGCGCCGCUGGCGGCUGCACAGCCGCACGCCUACAACGUGCACUUCCUGUCCUCGCUGCUGGCCUCGCACCGCAGCCCCGCGGUGGUGCCCCUGGGGGCCUGGGCCAGGGACGGAGCCGCCCACCCCGGGGUGCGGGUGAUUCCAGUUGAAGUAAAGGAGGCUGGCGGUGCUGCCACCAGCAGCAGCCCGGAGGGAGCCACUUCUCAGAACCCGCUUGCCCAGGAGUCCUGCUGCAAGUUCCCAUCGUCCCAGGAAGCAGAGGAAGCCGCCAGCGCAUCGCAUAAGAAAGACUCAAGCCCCAUGGUGGUAUGCCAGCUGAAAGGGGGCACACAAGUGCUGUGCAUAGACAAUCCUGGCACGAGAGAACUGAAGGCACUGCACCUGCUUCCCCAGUAUCAAGACCAAAGUAGUCACCUGCAACCAGAUGGGCCCAAACCGAUGACGACUUUCGUGGGAAGAUUUCUGCCAGUCCCAGCAAAGCUAAAUCUCAUUGCACAACAAGUGGAUAACGGAGCCCUCCCGGCAGUCCUCAAUGGGCCUGCGUUCCCCUCCAGCUCAACUCUUCCAGGACCACCCAAAAUCGCUUUGUCUGGAGUAACUGUUAGUUCAUGGGCCACAAAGUCUAAAAAGCCAUGUAACUGUACCAAAUCCCAGUGUCUGAAAUUGUACUGCGACUGCUUUGCCAGCGGGGACUUUUGCAACAACUGCAAUUGUAAUAACUGUUGCAACAACUGGCGUCAUGAAAUCGAAAGGUUUAAAGCCAUUAAGGCUUGUCUCGACCGAAACCCAGAAGCUUUCCAGCCGAAAAUCGGGAAGGGCAGGCCGGGCAGCGCGAAGCCCCGGCACAACAAAGGCUGCAACUGCAAGCGGUCGGGCUGCCUGAAGAACUACUGCGAGUGCUACGAGGCCAAAAUUAUGUGCUCUUCUAUUUGCAAAUGCGUUGGCUGCAAAAAUUAUGAGGAAAGCCCAGAACGAAAAACACUAAUGAACGCGCCAAACUGCGUGGACGCCGGCGAUUUGGAAGGCGGCCACCAUUUGUCACCCACAGGUGCAGGACUGCCAAAACCCAGAAAAGACAGGCGGCCGGCGUCCUGCAUCUCCUGGGAGGUGGUGGAGGCCACGUGCGCCUGCCUGCUGGCUCAGGGGGAAGAGGCCGAGAAGGAGCAGCGCUCCCAGUGCCUGGCGGAGCAGCUGGUCUUGGAGGAAUUCGGCCGCUGCUUAUCACAGAUCCUGCACAUUGAGUUCAAGUCCAAGGGGCUGAAGAUGGAGUAGAGCACCGCAGAGGCAGGUGUGUGCCCGUCAGUGUUGUCUCGGGACGUGGAAAAUCCGGGACUGUGGCCACAGCUGGGAGCCCAAAACCUGCCCUAAUGCUGCCCCGUGGGCCGGAGGUUUGUCAGAGCUCGCUGGCGGCUGUGUGGGCCAGGACCUGUCUUUUUGACCAAGUGGGCGACAUAAGCACUGCUUGUCUGGGCCAGAGAAGGAGGGGCCGUGGUCCUGGGAGCACUGUCCCCAUGGGUGAGGCAGCCGGCGCAGGCCCUGGGGAGGGCCCCAGGGGAGGGGAGGAGGAGGACCCGCCUUCACCCUCCACCCUUGGGGAGCUGCCUCCCCGGGGCUGCCUCGGGCGCUUUUUGGUUUUUGUUUGUUUUUUAAAUUAUUUAGAAAUGAAUGCCCCAGCUGGGCUGCCCCACAGCCUGCCGCCUGGAGAGAGUCGCCCACUGCAGGAGACUGGGCUUGGGUCAGCGGUGUCGGGCGCUGCAGGGGUUAGAGUUCUGUCCAGUCUCUUACGUGUUUGUAUCUGAGUUGUGGAAAAGUCCUAUUACCCGAUUAA